UCUGUCAACAAUGGCAGAUAAGAAAGUGUGCUGCGUGAAAGACUGCCCCGCUAAGAAUGCAGAAGAUGUCACAUAUUUCAGUCUACCUGCGAAUGUGGAGAGGAGACAGCAAUGGCUAAAGCUGAUAGGAAGAACAGACUUAUAUAAUGAUACACAAAAUCCAAGCAACUAUGCAGUGUGCUCGAUCCACUUUGAGGAAAGCAAUAUUAGUGUCCUUAAACAAGCGCUACCUACAGCUAUCCCUACUAGACAUGUCCCAAGACAAAGAAAGGGCGAAUCCAUAUUUAGUUCCAAUACCGCAUCACAGACAGACUUCUCCAGUAGUGAGGACGAUGAUGAUGAUGAAGAUGAAAUUGAUAGUGAUGAUGAAAGAGUUUAUAAAAGAAUCAAACCUAAUAGAAAAAUGUUUGUCUGUUGUGAAAUUGAUUGUGAUGAUAGGCGAUUUUAUGAUGAUGAAAUUUAUGAAGAGCCAUCAUUUUCAUUAUGCUAUAGUGAGAAUGAACCAAGAGACAGUAUUGCUUCAGGGAAUAGAAAAAUAUUUGCCUUUUACGAAGAUGGGAAUACUGAAGUAAGUGAAAAUAAUGAUACAUCAGUUACUGAUACUGACAAAGUUACACCUAAAUGUAAUGUACCAGAUAAUGGAGGAAAUAACACUGUACCUGUGAUAACUAAUGUUGUUAGUUUACAAAACCCAAUAUUUAUCUUUGAUAAGUUCUUAAAAUGGCGACAAAGAACAACCAACAGACAGAAAGGGUCAAAAUAUGAAAAAGACUUUAAAAUAUUUGCACUGAAUCUACAUACAAUCAACACAAGAGCUUACAGGAUGUUGAUGGAUACCUGGCAACUGCCCAAAGAAAAAGAGUUGAAGGAUGUACAGCUAAAGAUAGGGCCAAGAUUAGAUGAACAAAUGAUGAUGUUACUGGAGCAAAAGUUUAAAUUGCUGUCAAAGAAAGCAAAGUUUUGCACUUUAGGACUUUAUGCUAUGCCUUUAAAGCCUCAUCUCUAUUACGAUCCUGCUAACGAUAAUAUAAUAGGAGUGCAUAAUGUUAAUGGUGACAAAAAAAAUAAGGCGGCUACAUAUGCUUUAAUAGCUAUGGUUAGAGGCUUAAUAGUUCCAUGGCGUCAGCCUUUAGUGUAUUCGUUCUUCUCAACUAUGACAGAAGUUGAUGAUAUAGAACUAUUCCUAAAGGACAUUAUUCAGAAACUGAAGAAUUUAGGUCUGACAAUUUUGGGAGUUGUGAUGGGAUCCGAUGAUUUCUUUUGGAAGUAUUGCAGAUCAAAACACUUUAUUUCCGUGACGAAGCCUUAUCUGAGGAUCGGGACAAACAAGUUGUAUGUCGUGUUUGACAUCCCACAUGUUUUGAACAUGUUUAAAGAAGAAUUUUUGGAGAAUGACUAUAUAUUUGAGAAUGAAAAGGUCUCCGGAAAGUAUGUCAAGCUGGUUUAUGAUAUUGAUAAAGAAAAAGAGAGAAUGCUGUCUAAAUUGACUGAUGAACAUAUGAAGGUUGGUAAGAAACAGAAAAACAUUGAGCAUUCUCUUCAUGUUUUUAGCAAAGCAGUCUGCGGAGCAAUAUGCUUUUAUAAAGACCAUGGAUUGAUAGAAGAAGAAGUAACACCAACAGUAAAUUUUAUAAGGAAAGUUAACGAGGCUUUCGACGUGUUAAUUAGUGGACAUAAAAAUAAGGAUAAGAUGAAAUUAGCUGCAGCACAAAAUAAAGCACUUGAUAAUGGUUUAUCUGUAUUCAAAAAGCUGGCUAAAGUUGUGGAUUUUGACAACAACAGCGGCAAUCAUGGAUCCAACAGCAUAAAAUACUUUCUAGUUUCAUUUAGGUCUCUAUGUUUAAUAUCUUGUGCUUUAAAAAAUGCGCAGCAAAUUGGGAUGAUUCAAACCAGAUUCUGUAAUUUAGAGCCGAUGCUUAAAUUCGUUGAUUUGAUAAAAAAAGAUGCUAAAACAAAUAAGCCGUCUUCAAUUAAAUUCACGGGGUCUUUUUCAAAAUUGUUCGUCAAAUACUUGGUAGAUUUGACACCCGCGCCAAAAUCCAUAGGCAAUAUGGAUGACUUUUUAAAAAUGGCUGACGGCGUGAGUGAUUGCUACGAAGUUUAUAGCGGGGACCGAAUUCGUUUAAAAGACAAUGAUUAUAGAUUUACCUUGCCGGAUACAUACGCCAUUGUCUACGUUUCAAGCUAUUUACUGUAUAAAUGCUCGAUACUUCACACAUGUAAAGUAUUUGUGGAAUUCAUGAAACGUAUGGUUGAUUUAAGUAAAACUAAAGUGUACGUUCAUUUUGAAAACUGCAACAAAGAGGCAGCUUUUUAUGGCAAAUUAAAGUUACCACCGAUGGAAUUACCAGCCUAUGUGGAAAGAUUAGAUAAAUAUUUUUUAACAUGCUUUAAUGAUAAUUUUCAUACGAAUCCAGCGGAAACGAUAUAUCGUGCUCUAAAAAACGUGCCUUCCUGGAAAUUCCCGUGUCCGUGCUUUCCAAAUGAAUAUAUGCUCAAACUUUUUGUACGGACGAGAAUGUAUCAAACGGUACUUCACAAUGCUAAAUGUUUUAAAAAUGUAUCGUUUGAUACCCCGUACAGCUUGGAAAUUAAACAAUUAUGAUUUAUGU